ACAUGUGGGCGCGAGCUGUGCUGUGCGCGGCGCUGCUGUGCGCGCUCCUCCCCACGGGGAGGACGGAGGCCGAGAGGAGCGAGAGAGACGAGAGAGAGAGCGAAGAGUACAACCCCAACAGACUGCUGGGCGCUCUGCAUGAAGUUCUGGAGAAACUGCAGACCAAGAGGAUCAAUCCCUGGGAGAAGAAGUACGGACAAGUCCCCUCUUGCGACCUCGGAGAACACUGCGCGGUGAGGAAAGGAUCUCGCAUCGGGAAGAUGUGCGACUGUCCUCGAGGAGCUUUCUGCAACUUCUUCCUGCUGAAGUGCUUAUGAGCCAAUCAGAGCAGAGCAGCAAGAGUCUAUUUUAAAAUGUGUAUUUUACAAAUAUAUAGAAAUAUAUAAACGUAUGUAAAGUAGCUUUUAGAGGAAUAGAGAUUCACGUGAAGACAAUAUUUCUGUCAUGUUGUUGCAUUAAAGGUGUUUUGUCUUUGUGAAGGCUCCUCUUUGUUUCACUGCUUUUUAAAAGUCAGGUUUGAAAUAAUAAGUGUGAUAGUCAGAAACCUGCACAGGUAAACAAACACACACAUGAGAUACAGCACUCAUCUCCUUUUUCCUCCUCACUCUGUCCCUGAACGCAUCAUUUCAUUAAACCACCGAUACUUUUUAUCCAAUGUAGAAAAAGGUUUCCUUCUUAAGUUACAGGAGAAAAACAUGAGCUGCUCGUUAAACACUUCCUGUUCUAAAUAUCUCCAAAGUCUAGUGAGAGCUGAUGAGUUCUUAUAUUAUGUAUUAUUCUAAACAUGUAAUACUGGAUAAAUCAAAGUCAUAUUGAUUCAGAAACACUGAAAAACAUCCAGUAGAUGAACCGUCUCCAAACAGGAACAUUAGUCUUUAGACAGUAGAUCAGGAUUUAAUUAUGGCUGAACUCAAAUCACAAAUUGGUGAAGUUUCAUAUUCUAAACACGUAGUCAACAUUUAAACUGAAGAGAAACGAUCUCGUAUGGAGACCCUGAUGGAGAAACAUCCAUCAGGGUCUGAUAGAGGAACAGAUUAAGAACUGGUCUGAGUAUUCUACACCAGACUUCAUUGAGAAAACAGCAGAUUUACAGUAUAAAGAAAGGAUGUCUGAGAGCAUCAGGGUCUGAUAGGAACAAGGAAUCCUUCAAACACGGGAAAGGCUCUCAGCUUGAUCUUCCUGUACUAUCAAUGACCUGACGACGAGGACGUCAUGACCACUU